CUCUUGUGACAUCUGAAAAUCCGGAGAAAACACACCGGUCAAUUACCCACGCGCGUCAACACUUGCGGUAAAUUGGGACCACCCAGAUUGCACGAGUUGCGGAGGUACAAUUGCAGAUGUCGAUGGAAAGAUUCUGGUGGUUGAAGAGCGAGAAAUGAGUCCCGACGCGUCGAGCCUUCUCGUUUGAGGCGUCAGCCUUCUCGCAGAUCAACCCCACGACAUGACCCUGCAACCAUGCCUCCUCCACCGCUGACACCCUCACCACAUCGGUUCGUGAUCAAGAAGGAGCGGAAAGUCCGACAAACGCCUUUGGCACAAGAGCAUACUCCUGGUCCGAAUCCGCAAUUCAAAUCAACUCCACGAUUCACCUUCCCUUCGACCCCAAGGCCGACCGUUUCGCAGACUCUCCCUCUAGCUACACCAGCAGCGACGCGUUAUCUGACUCCUGCGAGCAAGACACCAAGGGAACACGAUGUUAUCGAAAGCUUCUCGUCCGAUCACGAUAUCCAGGACUCAAUUGAGACCGAGGACCAAGAACUACACCAGGAAUACCUAUCUGCAGACGAAGAGGGUGAUUACAAGAUAGAGGAGCGGACUAUAAAACGUCGACGUAUCUCCUCAUCACCAGAACCCGGCAACGAGGAAGGGGAGAAAGAUGAAGAGCUACCCCAAAUCCCCUCGGACACUCAAGACUCAGUCUCCUCCUCCCUCCCUAUCCUCUCCUCACCACCCGCGCCUCGCCGCCCUAUAACUACAACAGCCCCUCGAUUUAUAACCUCAACCCCUGCACAUCCUGCCACUCCUCAACCUUCUACGUCUAAACAAGCAACUUUCCUCAAACCUCCUCGAUUUCGGCCGCCGGAUCCCUCUGAAAGUGCUCAAGGUGCUUUAGAUCCAUUACCAGAGCAAUUCUCUCCGCAUAGAAGAGGACAGAACUAUGUUAAUGGAGGGCUAGCUGCCGAGGUCAGGGACUGGCUUGUUAACAUCGAGAGCACGGUACCUUCCAAAGAGGCAGGGAAGAGGGAUGAUGAGUGGCUUGUUAGGAUUGAGGUUGGUGAGGUUAGUGGCGGCGGCGCCGAGUCGCAGGCGAGGAUGCUGUUGGUCAGAGGGAGGCAGGUCCAUUCUAUGAAUGGCGGAGAGGGAGAGAUGGUGGACACUGUGAGCAAUGUGAGAGUUAUGCUUGCUGGGGAGGGACAAGCGACUGGAUUGCAGAGGGGGAGUAGACUUGAAGCAGGAAAGACGGUGGGGAUUAAAGGACCCGUUUGGGAGGUUGUGAUCGAGGGGGAGAAAUGGGGUGUGGCUGUUGAUUGGAAGGUUUUGCCUUGACGCACGUCUGGUGGAGAAAUUUGGCAACGUGAAGUGCUGACAUAGCAGGAGCUUGAGCUCUUCAAGGAGGAGCGGAUAUGAUAUAAAUGACAUGCCCUUUGAUACCCCUGAAAGCUCUCCAGCUUGUCAUCCACUCUUGUCCGUCACGUGAGU